AUGGCAUCAUCUACGACGAUUGGUAUCAUUCUUGUGGUUGUGGUUGUAGGUACCGUUUGUGGUCUCGCGGGCCUCUAUUACUGGGGAAAUCGAGGAAAGGGAUGGUCUGGUCCUAGCUUGCACACUUCACGCCAUUCUAGUAGACUUUACCCCUUAGCUCCUCCGCGUAUAAUCCCCCCGUAUCGUAAUGGAAUACCUGGGGCGCGAGUUAGCCAUAUUUCGCCUGAAGUACCUUCACCUGCUGUACGCACUACUAGUGGGAGACAAGCUACCUUGCAAGAAGAUCGACAGUCUACACGGUCGUCUCGACAUGAUAGUUCUUGCCAAUCACUUCAGACUGAUCCUAUCACUCCUCAGCUUAUCCAACCGCAGCCUAUCAAGCCGCAGCCCAUCAAACCACAGCAGUCUCCCCAACCGCAUCCGGUUCAACCUCAACCUCCCCUUAGAAUCAUAGUCCCACCUCCUGUUGCAGGAGGACUUUACGGCUUGAAAGGUGUGUUCCCACAACCGAAGCGAGGAGGGAGAACUCCUUGA